AUGUCACGGCGCCGGAGGUUGCCGGCCAAUCAUAGACGAGUUCGGCUCAGCAGGCCAGAGGACGUGGAUAUGAGCGAACGAGCACAGGCUCGCGGGGCAGAAUAUGAAGAGAGGAUGCGGAAGAAGGAGGAGGAAGCAGAGGCAACAGCAUCAUCAUCACGCGUCCGAGUCGACAACGUCGAUGAUCCCACCCAAACCUCCAAUAACGCCCCAGGCACCACUGCUGCACACGAUGGCCAUCAAGCCACCGGCACUCACAUUAUUAAGCGCAAGCACGACGAGCCUUCCGAGCAGUCGCGAAAGAGGAGAGAGGCGCCAGCUGCCGCCAGCGUGGAGCCGAGCGGAGGAGGGCCGGCCGAAUCUCUAAAGGCUAGAUUCACGACAGCUACAGAUCAGUUCUGGAUAGCAGAAGAGGAGAGGAACCAAGCAAAUGCAGACAAGCUAGAGGCGUCUGAGCGGAAGUGCGAAGAGCUUCGUCAGAAAAUCGCGGAGGUGACCCAGGACAGGGCGACGCAAGCCCGGAGGAUCGCAGAGAUGGCACAGGAAAACGCAAGACUGGCGCAGGAAGUCGCGACUCUCAAAGCCAACCCAUGCAUCUGA